CCGGCUUCCGUCCAUCCACCCAUCCCGGGCCGGAUAUAUACGCCACCCCCACACGCGUCCCACCAACAAACCGAGGCCGCGCACCAGCACUCCACAGCGAGCGAGCGAGCGCAGCUUAGCCUAGCCUGGCCCGAGAAGGGACUCGCGAGCUUGCACGCAUACUCAGCUGUUGCGCGGCGCGAUCGGCAUGGUGCUGGAGGGGGAAAAGACGGCGGCGGCGGCGGUGCACGGGCACCGGCUGUCGACGGUGGUGCCGAGCUCGGUGACGGAGGUGGAGGGGUACGAGCUGGGGGACGCGGACCUGGCGUUCCGGCUGCACUACCUGCGCGGGGUGUACUACUACGCGGCGGGGGAGGUGGUGCGCGGGGUGACCACCAAGGUGCUCAAGGACCCCAUGUUCCCCUGGCUCGACGCCUACUACCCCGUCGCCGGCCGCGUCCGCCGCCCCGCCGACGACGAGCAGGAGGCCUCGCGCCGGCCCUACGUCAAGUGCAACGACUGCGGCGUGCGCAUCGUGGAGGCGCAGUGCGAGCGCGCGCUGGACGAGUGGCUCCGCGACGACGCCGUCGACCGCGUCCGCCAGCUCUGCUACGACAAGGUGCUCGGCCCCGAGCUCUUCUUCUCCCCGCUGCUCUACGUCCAGGUCACAAACUUCAAGUGUGGAGCGAUGGCGCUGGGGUUCAGCUGGGCGCACCUCAUCGGCGACGUGGCGACGGCGACCACCUGCUUCAACCACUGGGCAAAGAUACUGGGCGGCAAGACGCCAGACGCCGUCACCGUCAACCCCAGGAACGAGCCGCAAGACCGCGCGCCUGCCGACGCCGCCGUGCCGCGCUCCGUGAAGCCGGUCGGGCCCAUCGAGGACUACUGGUUUGUCCCCGCCGGCGUCGACAUGGCGGGCUACUCCUUCCACGUCACCGAGCCGAUGCUCACGAGGCUGCAGCAGCAGGAGCCAGCGGCUGCCGGCGGCGCCUUCGAGCUCAUCUCGGCGCUCCUGUGGCAGACGGUGGCGAAGAUCAGGGCCGGCAAGGAGGUGAAGACGGUGACGGUGGUGAGGAACGACAUGUCGGCCAGGAGCGGCGACUCCCUGGCCAACGAGCAGAGGGUCGGGUACGUGGAGGCGGGCUCGCCGCCGGCCAAGUCCGACGUGUCCGAGCUGGCGGCGCUGCUGGCCGAGAACGUCGUCGACGAGACGGCGGCGGUGGUGUCCUUCCCGGGGGACGUGGUCAUCUACGGCGCCAACCUGACGUUCGUGGACAUGGAGCAGGUGGACCUGUACGGGCUGGAGAUCAAGGGGCAGAGGCCCGCGCACGUGGAGUACGGCUUGGACGGCGUCGGCGAGGAGGGCGCCGUGCUGGUGCAGCCGGACGCCGAUGGGCGCGGCCGCGUCGUCACGGCGGUGCUCCCCAAGGACGAGGCGGAGGCCCUCCGCGCCGCGCUCGGGAACACGCUCCUGCAGCCGGCUCCCUGAAACUUCAGCCGGGUGGUUUUCAGUUGGCACGACCUUACGUUUGGUAGUUUUCGAGCGUGAUUUGCUGGGGUUAUUUCAGUGGUCGAUGCGGUUGUGGUGUGAUCGGCUGUGUGUGUGGUACGAAUGUACGAUGUUACGAAAUAAGUUGCUUCAAUAACUUAUCAGAAUGUACCCAGGAUUGCAAUGAUUUGUCAAACUAGUUUAGAGGACUGGCUUGGAGGUAAA